AUGGCUGCCAGUGAAGCGAUGCGGUCAUUGAGGCUUUUCGCCUGCAGCGCUCGCAGCGCUUUACGGCCUGACACAGUGAUGAGACAGCUCGCUGCUCGCUCAUCACGGAGCCUGGCGACUCUUUCAGAGCAACCCACAGAGACUGCCAACACAGACGUUACUCGACCCUCGACCACCGCAUGGUCUCCUCCUCCUCCUGUCCCCGUCACACUCUAUUCAUUCCCUUCAAUGAAACCCGUCAAGGUCGAAGAAUACAAAACAGAGUAUCUGGCAUUACCUCUUCGCAAAGACCUUCUCCACCGGGCAGUCAUCUACGAAGGCGACAAGACCCGUUCCGGCACGGCGAGCACAAAAUGGCGUGGCGACGUUCAUGGUAGUGGACGAAAACUGGCGCCGCAAAAGGGCACAGGUCGUGCACGAGUGGGUGACAAGAAAUCGCCCAUCCGGAGAGGCGGUGGUGUGGCCCAUGGGCCUCACCCGCGAGACUUUUCCACCGGCCUGCCCAGGAAGAUCUACGACAAAGCGUGGCGGACUGCGUUGAGUUACCGGUACAGCUGCGGACAUAUCAUGCUGGUCGACAGGAUCCAGAUGCCCGACGGGGCCUCGCCGUGGUUCUGGCAGUCUUUCUUUGAAUCCAACAGCUGGGGAAAGGGGAAUGGUAGAUGCACGCUCAUUACGCACAGCAAAGACAGCGCUCUUUUCAAGGCGGUAAACCAGGUGAACCAGCACGCGCGGAUUAUGGACCAAACGGACGUGGACGUCAAGGAUCUUUUGAUGACGGGGAAGUUGAUUAUUGAGAAGCAAGCGCUGGACAAGAUUCUGCGAGUCCACUCUAGAGAUCUCGUCAAGUCUGUGGCCAAGGCUACAUAUCCCGAAGGGCUUUACGCCGUUUAG